AUGGAGGCGGACGGGGACCGGGACGCGCUGGCUCGGCUGAGCUCCGUCUUCGCCGCCUGCGACGCGAACCGCUCGGGCCGCCUGGAGCGCGAGGAGUUCCGCGCGCUGUGCGCGGAGCUGCGCGUGCGGCCGGCGGACGCCGAGGCCGUGUUCCAGCGGCUGGACUCCGACCGCGACGGCGCCAUCACAUUCCAGGAGUUCGCGCGCGGCUUCCGCGGGGCCCGCCGCGGGGGGCGGCGCCGGGGCUGCGGGCUGCGGGAGCCCGCGCUCGCCGAGCCCCGGGCUGGGUCGGACCUCGGGGACAGUGAGGAGGAAGACGGUGAUGAGGACUCUGCGCGGGCAGCCCCCUGGGGCCCGGCGAGUCCUGGCCGGGCUUGGCAGGACUUCCACGCGCGACUCGGGGACGAAGUCAAGUUCAUCCCCAGGGAAGAGCAAGUUAGUACCUUGUAUCAAAACAUCAACCUCGUGGAGCCGAGACUGGUUCAGCCGUACGAACACGUUAUAAAGAACUUCAUCCGCGAGAUCAGACUUCAGAGCACGGAAAUGGAAAGCCUGGCCAUUGCGGUGAAGAGAGCCCAGGACAAGGCAGCCAUGCAAUUGAGUGAGUUGGAAGAGGAAAUGGAUCAGAGGAUUCAGGCUGUGGAACAGAAGACGCGGAAAGACGAAAAGCGCAAAGCUGAGGAAGCCCUCAGCGACCUCAGACGUCAGUAUGAAACGGAAGUAGGAGAUCUGCAGGUGACGAUAAAGAAGCUGAAAAAGCUAGAAGAACAAUCAAAACAUGUAUGUCAAAAAGAAGACGUGGCUGCCUUAAAAAAACAAAUUUAUGAUUUAUCAAUGGAAAACCAGAAAGUUAAGAAAGAUCUUUUAGAAGCACAGACAAGCAUAGCCUUUCUUCAGAGUGAAUUAGAUGCUUUGAAAAGUGAUUAUGCGGAUCAGAGUCUGAAUUCUGAGAGGGAUCUGGAAAUAAUCCGAGAGUACACGGAAGAUCGAAAUAGUCUUGAGAGGCAGAUUGAAAUACUCCAGACAGCUAACCGGAAACUGCACGACAGCAACGACGGCCUGAGGAGUGCCCUCGAAAGCACUUACAGCAAGUUCAACAGGUCCCUGCGCAUAAAUAACAUAUCGCCAGGGAAUACAAUUUCUAGGAGCAGUCCCAGAUUUAAUGGUCAUUCUCCUCAACCUCUGGGCUAUGACAGGUCAUCCCGCUCUUCCUACGUGGAUGAGGACUGUGACUCGCUCGCGCUCUGUGACCCCAUGCAGAGGGUGAACUGUGACGUGGACAGCCUGCCCGAGAGCUGCUUCGACAGUGGCUUGUCCACCCUGAGAGAUUCCAACGAGUACGACUCGGAAGUGGAAUACAAACACCAGAGAGCAUUCGAGGGGCCGCGCGGCACGCAGGAGAGCUUUGCGGGCGAUGCUUCAGACACAGACGUUCCUGAUAUAAGGGACGAGGAGACGUACAGUUCGGAAGGCAUGGCUUCCGUCUUGGACUGGAAGCCCCAGGGGUCUGUCAGUGACGGCAGCGUGGUCAGUUUUCCAAGAAAGCCCAUCUUGGCACUUUCACCCCAGACAGACACGGUGGACGAUAACACCUCUUCCAGCUCCCAGAAGGCCUACAAGAUUGUGCUCGCGGGGGACGCUGCCGUGGGCAAGUCUAGUUUCCUCAUGAGACUUUGCAAGAAUGAAUUUCGAGGAAAUACAAGUGCCACCCUGGGGGUUGAUUUUCAGAUGAAGACUCUCAUUGUAGAUGGAGAGCGCACGGUUCUGCAGCUCUGGGACACGGCCGGCCAGGAGAGAUUCAGGAGCAUCGCCAAGUCCUACUUCAGGAGAGCAGAUGGCGUUUUGCUGCUGUACGAUGUCACCAGUGAGAAGAGCUUCCUCAAUGUCCGAGAGUGGGUAGAUAUGAUCGAGGAUGCAGCCAACGAGAGUAUUCCCAUCAUGCUGGUAGGAAACAAGGCCGAUCUGCGGGAUGCUGCGGCUGCAGAGGGGGAGAAGUGUGUCGCAGCAUACUUCGGGGAGAAGCUGGCCAUGACCUAUGGGGCGUUGUUCUGCGAAACAAGUGCCAAAGACGGUUCGAAUGUCGUGGAAGCUGUUCUGCAUCUUGCCCGGGAAGUGAAAAAAAGAACUGAUGAGGAUGACAGCAAAUCCAUUACCAACCUGACGGGAAGCAGCUCCAAACAGUCAUCCCACAUGAAGAACUGUUGCAAGGGUUAAACCCCAACCCCUGGCCCGGGAAGUCUUCAUUUCUAGAGCACAGAACUUG